AUGAAAAGCAAGCGAGUUGCCCCACUCCCUCCCGGUCCAAAACCAUGGCCGAUUGUGGGAAAUCUUCCAGAGUUGUUCAAGAAUAAACCAAGAUACAAGUGGCUGCAUCGCCUUAUGAAAGAGUUCAACACAGAGAUCGCCUGCAUUCGUCUAGGAAGAGUGCAUGUCAUUCCAGUAGCCUCGCCAGAGAUUUCCAUGGAGUUCUUGAAGAAGUACGAUGCAGUUUUUGCAUCCAGACCCAUCACCGUCACCACCAAUAUGUUCAGUAACGGGUUCUUAACCGCAGGCGUGUCACCGUGGGGAGAUCAAUGGAAGAAAAUGAGGAGGGUACUCACUUCUGAGAUAUUGAGCCCUGCAAGACUCAAGUGGCUGCUUGCUAAGAGAAAUGAAGAAGCUGAUAAUCUUGUCCGUGUUAUAUAUAACAUGUGCAAAGGCUCUGCAAUAUCAGAUACUUGCAGUACGUCUGGAACGGUGGUGGAUGUAAGAACGGUUUCUCAACACUUCACUGGAAAUGUUAUGAGAAGGAUGAUCUUCAACAAGAGGUAUUAUGGGAAAGGGAGAGAGGAUGGAGGGCCUUGUUUCGAAGAACAAGAACACAUUCAAGCGCUCUUUGCCAUGCUUUUGUAUGUUUACGCUUUUUGUGUAUCGGAUUACAUGUCAAUCUUGAAGCCAUUUGAUCUGGAUGGCCAUGAGAAGGUGGUGAGGAAUGCCUUGAAAGUUAUCAAAAAGUAUGAAGAUCCGAUUGUAGAUGAGAGAGUACAAAUGUGGAAAGAAGGGAAGAGGACGGAACCUGAGGACCUUCUUGACAUCUUCAUUUCAAUUAAGGAUGAUGAUGGGAACCCAUUACUGUCAACAGAGGAGAUCAAAGCUCAAAUCACUGAACUAUUGCUUGCAACCGUGGAUAACCCUUCAAAUGCAGCAGAAUGGGCUUUGGCGGAAAUGCUGAACCAGCCCGAGCAGAUACAAAAAGCGGUAGAGGAAAUAGAUAGGGUGGUUGGCAAAGAGAGACUUGUCCAAGAGUCCGAUCUUCCCAAGCUCCCCUAUGUCACGGCUUGUGCAAGGGAAGCUCUUCGGAUCCACUCAAUUGCACCGUUCAAUCUCCCCCACGUCUCAACUGCUGAAGUUACUGUGGCUGGCUACUUCAUCCCAAAGGGUAGUCAAGUUUUGCUAAGCCGAUUAGGCCUUGGUCGGAACCCACGAGUUUGGGAGGAACCAUUGAGAUUCGAUCCCGAGCGGCAUUUGAAGGACAACUUGUGUGAGCUAGGGCUUGCUGAACCUGAACUGAGGUUCAUUACCUUCACCAGAGGAAGAAGAGGGUGCAUGGGAGGCACCCUGGGGACUCUCAUUACUUUGAUGCUGUUGGCGAGGCUUCUCCAAGGGUUUAAGUGGAGCAUUCCGCCCAAUAAUAAUAUGGAGAAGAUUGAUCUAACUGAGAAUGACCAACUUUUCUUGGCCGAACCUUUGCAAGCCUAUGCCGAACCUCGCCUGCCUCCGCAUUUGUACCAACCUUAA